AUGAUCUUCAACGAUCCAAAACAACAAUGGCAACAUGUGGCUGGAAGUGAUGGAUCAUGGACAACUGUUCAAGUUAUUCAAGAUUGUCGUCGUGGCGAUUCAUUCAGAAUUGUUUCAUUCCGUGCACAAGAUAGAACGAUCCUCUUGAAUUUCAAAAUAUACCGAAAACUGAGAUAUGUGGCGGCGAAAGAAAUAUUUCAUCAAUGGAGAGAUGAAAAUAAGAUCGUAUAUGGACUGAAUUUUCAACACGAAGAGGAAGCGAACGAGUUUCUUCAUUUCGUUACACUGGCUAUUGAACAAGUUGCAAAUCACGCACUGAAUGGGCACAAUGAAUAUCAACAGAUGCAUCCGACCGACAAUGUCUACCAGGAUCCACAUCAGCACCUGAUGCAUAUUCAUUCUGCUCCGACGUUUCACGAUGAAAAUCAGAAUGCCGCGAAUUUCCGCAAAACAUCCCAACAUGCCUCAACCCUCUCCAGUGCCUCAGCCUUGACUCAACAACAACGACGAGCUUCCCAAAGUUCGAGUACUAGUGCUGGUUCCGCCACAGCAGCUCCACCAGCUCCACCAAUCAGUAAUAUUCCACAAGCUCCGCCUCCGCCGCCUGGAAUUGCAAAAGUGUCGUCAGGUGCUCCACCACCUCCACCACCUCCACCUCUUCCUCAAUUGAGUACCGGUGCUCCGCCACCUCCGCCACCGCCUCCAUCAGCGAGUACUUUGAUGGCUUCCAAUGGAACACCUACUCUGAUGGACCAAAUUAAAAUGAGAGGAAAUUUGAAAAGUACAGGAAUCAAGACGAACGGAGUAGCAGAAGUGGAGAAACCACCACCACCGAAAGGAGGUGUCGAUCUGAUGUCCGAGUUGAAUGCCCAAUUGAAUAAACGCAAAAUGACACAAGCAAAGUCAGAUGCGGUUGAUUCGAAAUCUAAUACAAGUAAUGGUUCAUCGGAUAGCGGAUGUGGGAUCGGAACAAAUGGAUCCAAUGGUGGAUCAGUUGGAUCAGCAACUGCCAAGAAAUGGUCAGUGCCAGAUGCAUCGAAGCCGUUGGAUAGUCCAAAGACACAUAGGAAGCUUCCAUCUGCUUCAUCUCUGUUCUCACAAGAAGAUACUUCCAAACCGAGCACAUCGUUAGCAAAUGGAGCAAUCUCCUCGGUGACUCCAACGACUUUAAAUGGAAAUUCUUCGUCAGUGAUUCCAAAUGAACAACUGGAAAGACUCCGCGCCGACAUGAUGGUUGAAGUUCGUCUUGAAAUUAACAAACUUCGACAAGAUCUGAUGGAAGCGCAAGAACGGUCGAAACAGGAAAUAAUCGACACAGUGCUGAACGCAAUCGGUGCUGGUCGACGAUAG